AAAGGCGUUUAGGCAUAGACACUCGUAGGCAGGCUAAAAAGUCGUGUCAUCAUUCAGGAUAUGCUGGGUGGGCCUUCACUGUGGCGUACAAUAGCUAAAGUUGACGCACUUUCACAUUCUGACUCACGUCAAUAGGCAAAAUAGUUUGGGUAUGAGUAAUCGAACUUAAUUGCACCCCCUUGCCUCUAUAUGCCCCGGCACUGGAAUGACUUUACUUUAAUUCCAUUUACAGUUUUUUGAGAAAUUCACAACAUACCUUUAAUACAUCAACAUGGCAUACGACUUAGAUAUGAAGUCGAGAAAGGAGCGUCAGCAUCAGGACGUCUCAGAAGAUGCUAAUUGCCAUGAUACGAAUCUCACUCAGUCUUAUUCGGACAAGAAAUCACAACGGCAAGGCCACAUCCCGCACUCGAGGAGAUCCAGAAAAAUGAUUUCCGCAGACCAAUUUCAUGCAGACUCAGCCUCUUAUGAGUGGACACAUUCACCAUUCAGCACGUUCAGAUCACUCUAUCCUCCUCGAAAUCACCUCACCGCUGAACGCAGACGCCAAAUUGAUGACUUCAACACCUCGUUCGGGGGCUCUCAAACUGCACAUUCCACACCUACGGACCAAUACAAAAACAGUCUCAACGCAUACAUGCUCUCGACAUACCGUCGCUUCGCCGCGUUUCAGAACGAAUACCUCUGGCUCCAUGACAAAGCAGACUGUUAUCACUGCCAGGACAUCCUCCUCGAACACUUCCGUUCCUCGUUGCGCUCGGUUGAAAGCUACCUCGAUGGUCUCAUCCUCGAAAAUGCUCUGGACCAGCCGUAUAACACAGACUACGAUAUCAUGGGGUUGUGGUGGAGUGCCAAUGGGAAGGCUUUCGAAUUCAAUAAGCUCCCGACGGAGCUUCGUGCUCAAGUCUUCAAGCUCUGUCUUCCGCACGAACGGCACGGUCGCAGGUUGUCAAUGCAUAAGGCCGGUCUCAACAAUGUUAGCGCUCUGUCUGCCCUGGGCAAGUUUCUUGGAGAUGGAUUCAGGUCCCUCCUGCUUGUUUCCAAAAGCAUACAAUUCGAAGUCAUGAACAUCGCGCUUAAUGCAGGAACCUGGGUUGUCACUAGGCACCACCAUCUACUCCGCAUGCAAUCAAUCUUCACUGGUUUCUCUAUCCGACAAAUCGUCACGCUGGAGCUUGACUUUGACCAGCUUCUUAGCCCCGGAGAAGUCUUUCCGAAGGUGUGCUUCGAUGCCGUCGCGGCACUUCCGCUCAGGAAAGUCAUCGUUAAACUACCCUCACCGAACGACGAGGUCAUCCUACGUGGUGGUCGAAGCUAUAACAUGCCGCAGCGGCCGAUGUGCUACCGGCUUCAUAGCGCCUGGAUCCUGUGGGCUGUGCAGCCGCUGGUUCGCGACGUGCCAUGUGUCCAGGUGACAGGAUUUGCGACGAAGAAGCAUUUACGCCAUUUCAUGAGGACGAUCCGGGAGCAUGCACGGAUCGUUGCAAAGGCGCAGACUGUGGAGCUCUCACAUUUCCGAUACAGCGAAGAGGAUGACAUGGACGAGGGGGGAGUGAGCGUUGGGUUGGUGGAUGAAGGGAAGGCAGAUAGGCCAUUGGAAUAUGUCGCCCCUCGCGAGGGUCAUAGAUCGAUGCGUUCCCAACCGCGGGUCCACAAGGGAGUGGUGAAUGAGGAUAUUUCGGCUAGGGUUCUCAAGUGUGAGUGUACGCCGCCGUGUAGUCCGGAAUCUCUUGGGCAGUUCCUUGAGCUAUGAAGGGG